AUGGUUUUUGAUUGUUUUCACAAUUUCCUUCUCAAAAUAUUGUUUUGUGACAGGUAUGUGACCAUUUGUCAGCCUCUCUACUACAGCACCAUCAUGAAGCAGGAAUUGCAUGUCUCCUUAGUAGCUGUGUCCUGGUUCCUCUGUUGUAUCCAUGCCCUGUUGCACACUCUUCUCUUGGUCCAUCUGUUCUUCUCUAUGGACAGUAUCACCUUCCAGUUCUUCUGUAACCUCACUGACCUCCUGAAGUUGAGAUGUUCAGAAACAUCCCUCGGUGAGCUAUCAAUUUUUCCUGUGAGAGGAACCCUUUUCAUCCUGCCUUUGAGUAGUAUCUUGGGCUUGUAUAUUCAUAUAGGUACCACAGUUAUGAAGGUCUCUUCCUCCAAGAGCCUCUUUAAAGUUUUUUCCACCUGUGGCUCCCAUAUCUUCAUGUUGUCUUUAUACUAUGGGACACUUGCUACUAUUUACUUUUUCUUCUCAUCAUGGGACUCCUAUGACAAUGUCAUAAUCACUUCUGUCAUGUAUGCAGUAGUUACUCCCAUGCUGAACCCCUUCAUCUCUAGCCUCAGGAAAAUAGACAGAAAACAGGCCUUAGAGAUAUUUGUCAAUAGGGCUAACUUUAUGAAGUAUAAUCACUAA